UUCGUGCCUCCGGAGCAGCCCCGGGAUUUAAUCGGUGAGAACAGCUGUUGCUCGCAGCAAUUCGUCCGACCAGCCAGAUCACGACUCACCGUCGUAGUAGACGCAUCGCACCGCUCCGCUUCGCACGGAAUCGCAAUUCGCGUACAGGAUAUCAAUCAGAAUUCCGGAAGAGCGGGCGCAGGAGGGAAGCUGAGAGUGACAGAGAGGCCAGCGACAGCUCGGCGUCUACGUAGCACACUGCGUGUUGUCAAACGACCAACGUCAACACAAGGAGAAUUAACGAGGACACAGGAGACCCGUAACAGCGACAUGAAUCUGUCGUUCGCCGGUUGCGGCUUCCUCGGCAUCUACCACGUCGGCGUGGCGGUAUGUUUGAAGAAGUACGCGCCGCACUUGCUGCUGAAUAAAAUCAGUGGAGCGUCCGCCGGUGCUAUCGCCGCGUGCUGCUUGCUCUGCGACCUGCCCCUCGGAGAAAUCACGAGUCAUGUAUUGCGCGUAGCACGUGAGGCGCGACAACGCACUCUCGGACCGUUCAGUCCGUCUCUUAAUGUGCAUCAGAUUAUGCUGGAGAACCUGCAGAAGUUUUUACCGGACGAUGCUCACAUCCGUGUAAGCGGUAAAUUGCACAUCUCUCUGACCAGAGUAUACGACGGGAAGAAUGUGAUUGUCUCGCAAUUCGGUUCGAGGGAAGAUCUACUACAAGCUCUGAUGGCCACUUCGUUCGUGCCACUGUUCUGCGGUCUGUUACCACCGCGAUAUCACGGCGUCAGGUACAUGGACGGCGGUUUCAGCGACAAUCUACCUACGCUUGACGAGAAUACCAUUACCGUUAGUCCGUUUUGUGGAGAGAGCGAUAUUUGUCCGAGGGACAUUUCGUCUCAACUUUUUCACGUCAAUCUUGCUAAUACGAGCAUAGAACUCUCUAAACAAAACAUCUACAGAUUCACAAGGAUACUCUUUCCGCCUAAGAUCGAGGUCCUUUCGAAUAUGUGUAAACAAGGAUUUGACGAUGCAUUAAGAUUUUUACAUCGUAAUAAUAUGUUAACUUGUACGAGAUGUCUUGCAGUACAGUCAACAUUUGUCGUAUCGGAGACUCUUGAUGAAAGUAUGGAAUAUGAUCCAGAAUGUUUAGAAUGUAAACUGCAUAGACAGGAAGCACUGGUGUCAAAGUUACCUGAGACAGUUCUGACAAUAUUCCAAGAUGCUAUAGAUUCUGCCAAUAAGGGACUCAUUAAUUGGCUAUUUAAACAUCGUAGUAUGAAACUACUGUCGUUACUGAGUUUACCCUGCACGAUACCAGCAGAUAUAAUGUAUGCAACCGUCACAAAUCUGAUUGGUAACAAGAUAGAAACACGCUCUUUGGAAUACAAAGUAGUCGGGAAUGUUCUGCGUAUGCCGCAACAGACGUUUCCUUGCUCUAAGCACCUAACACCUUCCGGAAUCAUUACUUUCAGUAUUCCAAAGUUACGACACAACUUAGAUGAAUUAAGGAAAUUUAUCUUCGAAAUAUUGACUGUACUGUUCCCGAAGAUCCACGUCUAUUUGCAGCCAUUGCCUCCACUUAUUAACUGCCAGUUUAAUAUCACAGAAUAUGGCAUGAAUUUCCAGGACGAUAUUAUUCAGUCUGGAGAUGACGCAGACGUGUAUAAGAAACAAAAGAAUCUGAACUUAACUCUCCAAUAUAAUGACCGGCAAUCGUGGAAUGAAUCCAGGAAAUCAAACUGUGUAAUUAAUAUGGGCGACCUUACAACAGUGGAUGACACUUUCGAGAGUAUUCUUCAAGCAACUGAUCAAGAAGCUGUAAUAGCGUAUUACUACAUGGACGAUAACAACAAAGUGCAAGUGACAGAAAUCUUUGACGUAACCGAUUCGGAAUCACAUGCUAUGCUCUCUAUGGACGAAGUAGAAACCAAUGGUAAACUCGAAUUUGAUGAUUGGGAUGAACACACGUAUUUAUCUCAGCGUACAAUUAACGACGUAAAUACGGAGUCUCUUUAUACCGACGGAAAUCUACAGUCGAGCAAUGCAUCAGUCGCAUCGUUAGAUGACAUUCUAGACAGCCCAAAUAUGUUCUCCGAUCCAGAGAGCGAAUGGGAAGCGGAAAAGGGCCAGGAGGAAGUGCAGACUUCCAAAUCUCCAGACAGUUGGCCAGAAGUAGAUCAACCGUCUACAAAAGGUCUACAGAAACAAUAACUUAUUUAGUUUGUUUAAGGCUCUCAAUCUUGGGAAACAAAAAAAGUGUUUAUAAUAAAGCGUCGAUUGAGAUACUUUCGGAUUAUUCUUGAAUUUAGCAACUUUUAACAGCAAAAGUAGCUAAUAUUCAAACAAAUUAUAAAAACAAAUUAUUUAAUACAGACAACGAUUCAACGUAAAAUCGGGAAAAAUAAACAAAUUAAAUGUUAUCUUAAUUCGAAUCAAUAUUUUUAGUUAUAUCUCUAUAAUUUAAAUUUUUACAUAUGAUAUACGAGUUAUAUGUGAAAUGUUUUUAAAUUGUGUCUUUUGGGAAAAUGUCAGCAUAUUCAGCUAAUCGUACCUAAAUAAUAGAAUCAAAUAGAUGAAUAUCUAAUAAUAAUAACCCAUAUAUAAUUUUAUCACAAAAUAUCAAUUUAAGUAAUUGAUGUACUUCCGCUGAUUAUCUAUAUUCUCGAAUGUUAUUCAGAAAAAUCUUCGUGCUGUGUGUAGGAAGAAUCGUACCAAUAUGUACGAAAUACAAUUAAGAUAAAUCAUUGAUGCACAUGCACAGAUGUAAUACGCAACACACUUACGUGAGAUAAUAUGUGCCAGUAAUGCCACGCGCAUUUAAGAGUUCGUAACGCGACGUAUAUACAGUAUUGUAUGGUAAUUCAAGUUUGCUAAUGGGAUUUUAACUAUUAGCAAUAGUUUGCGUGAGUUUGUAGAUCUCACACAAAGAGACUGACAUAUUGAUGAUUGAAAGGCAUAUACCAGAUGUACCGUCUUACUUUUUGCUAUAGAUUUUUUAGUCUGCUCAAAGUCAAUUCUUCUUCAACGAAAAUAUUGAAACACCCGUAAUGUCUAAGUAAAUAACUCAAUUAAAAAUGAAAAACUUCUAGUGUAUUAUAUUUUAGAACAAAAGAAUAAAAUCUUGAAUUUUAGUCAAAAGUAUGGUUGCAGAAAUAUAUAUUGUUAAAAAUUGGGAACGUGUAAUCAAACGAAAAUUUUCUUCGACAGUAGGUGGCAAUUAUUUUUGAUUAAAGAAAAGUCGGCUACGAAUUAAUACCAAGAGCUGGAUAGUAAAAAUAUAUCUGGUGAUAUACAUCAUGUACAUAGAGUGUGUGAAAAAGUUUUUAUCAAAAUAGCAGCUUUCUUGCGCACUCUGUACAAUUUAUAAUGCACUACUUCUUUAUUACCGUAAUUUCACAGUCGUCCACGAAGUUAUAAAAAUAUGCCAAAUCUGGGUUGUGAAAGUAUAAAUAAAAUACAUAUAUAUAUAUAUAUAUACCGUUAAAGAACCGUCUUAAUAUAGAAAUAAAGAAACAAGUUUUAAGAUAAUUUCUGUAUUUUUGUCGUCCCAAUUGUCGUGAUGUUCUUCCGAUUAACUAUCGUUGGAACUAAUUGUUAUAAAUCGAUUUUAUUGUUUUACUAGAUAUAUAUUAAAUUUUAGUAGUUUAAUAACGAUAUAUUAGAAUUCAAAGUUAUGGAUUGAUAGAAAGAUUUAUUAUUAUUUAUAAUAGGCGAUAAAAAAAAUAUGUUUUGUGAUCGCAUACAGCUGGGUCUGAGUGCUAAAGAUCAAAUAAGAUAUUUUAUAUUACUUGUUAUGUGUAGAGUAAAUUAACAAUUAUUGAUCAUGACUAGUUUAGAUUUAGCGGUGGUUUUGUACCAGUAAAUCUUUAUAUAUAUAUAUAUAUAUAUGUUCAAGAUACUUAAGUCGCAAAAAUAUUAUGCUUAGGAUAACUUUAUUUGCGUUUUACUUUAAGUAUGUCGGAAAUGUAAAUUGAUAAAUGAAGUAUAUGCGUUCUCUGCUUCUUUUUGAAUUUACGAUAAUUUUGUACAAAAGGGAAUUAUUACUGCAAACGGAAUGUGAUAUUCUUUUUUACAUGUCUGUGCUAAUAUAUUAAAUACAUAAAUAGUACUUUGUUUCGGUAAAUUAAAUAAUAUUAUCCUAAAAACGCGUGGAAUAUAUAAAAAUACUUCUAUUUUAUUUUUUAUUAAUUUAGAAAACACAGAGUAUAUAAACUUUCUAAAUGACAGAUUAAUUAUUAAGAUCCGGUUUGCGCAUUAAGUUUAACUCGAUCAGAAGCAGUCUUCCCGAUUGCACAAUUCAUGAACGAUUCUUUUGUUAAGGUGUAUUAUGAGAAAAUCUACUUAAAAAUCGGGGGUUUUUUCAAGAAUGGCUAUAAUUCUUUUUUACUAUUCAUGAACGAUGGUUGUCAUAAAUGGUUACGCUUAUAUCGAUAUUAUAUCUUAUCCAAGUAGAAUAUACUAACAAAAAUUCAAUUCAAAUGGACAGUCGAAAUAAUGUUACUGUUUUACAAUCGAAAUAAAAAUUAUCAGCCAUUAAUGUUAUUUAGCAUUAAUUAGCUAAUUAUUAUUAAAUUUAGUUAACCAACUAAGUAAUUAGAUUUAGCUAACUAAGCGCCAUUAAUGAGAAUAUAUCGGUAGAAAAUACUUUGUUAUGUAUAAAUUCCGGACGACUUGUAAAGGAAGCAUGAGAAACGUUUAUUUUAAUAAACAUAUAUUAGGAUACUAACAAUAUGUGAUAAGUAUUAACGAAAUAUUUAUUUUUCUGAUAUUUUUUAAAUACUGUUAUCUAGUUUUUUAUAUUCGAAUACUUCGCAAAGUGUCAGAUAUUUGUACAUGUGUAGGCAAUCUAUAAUACUAUACGUUACUAAAAAAUGCUAAUACAUUACGUGCCAUAUGCAUAAUAUUCGAUAAAUAAAAGAACUUUACUUUCGUUAUA